CCCCCCAACACGACGGCAGUACUACAACCAAUGGAUCAAGGCAUCAUCAAGUACCUGAAGGACAAGUAUAAGACUAGUAUGCAGAAAGUAGAGCUAGAUAUGUUUUACAGUGGUGUAGCGUACAAGCCGGUAGACUUGUACACUGCCAUGAAGUGGUAUUCGGAGGGAUGGAGUGAUGUCUCCGAGCAGACUGUUCGCAAC